AUGUACACCCUUUCAGUGGGACUCUAUGAGCAUUUCUUCGCCAAACACGACUACUACAUCGUCAUCGUUGGGUUGGACAAUGCCGGGAAAACGACUUUCCUCGAGCAAAUCAAAGCAAAAUUCAUCCGGGACUACGGCGUGUUGCGCCCAUCAAAGAUCACGAGCACGGUUGGAUUGAAUGUCGGAAAAGUCGAGGUCGGUCAAGUGCGACUGAAUUUCUGGGAUCUCGGCGGACAGGAGGAUUUGCGAACGCUUUGGAACACGUACUAUUCGGUGGCCAGCGCGUUGAUUUUUGUCAUCGACGGGACAAGACGAGAACUUUUUGACACCGUAUCCUCGUGUUUUUAUGAUGUGAUGAAAUCGGAAUUCAUUCAACAAAUACCAGUGUUGGUGGCUGUAAACAAGAGCGAAUUGGACGGGGCGGCUACGGCGAGCGAAAUUCGAACACUACUCUCCGAUGAUGAGCACCGGUCGGAUUUGGCGGUAUUGCCCGUGUCGGCGCUGGAAGGACAUAACAUCGAUCGAUGUGUGCGGUGGCUGGUUCGAUCGCUGCAACAAGCCGAUCAGAAACUGCAAUUG